GCAUUUAUAUUGACGCAGAGAGCGCGAGGGCGCACAGUGAAGCACCUUGACUCUGCGCUUCUCGAAGGGGAAGGAAACUUGGGGAAAAGAAAAAAACAACAACACAACACAACAUCUUCAGCACCAGUCUGUCCCCUCUUCACUUUUUCUUCAGCGGACUUUACAACUGCAACUUUUGCAAUCAUUCCCCACAACCAAAACCAGUCGUGGCACAAACUACCGCCCUUCGCCUUCAGGGAUCCUGGUCGGUCCUCCAUGAAAGAGGCAGUGCGACAGCUAACUUGGGGAAACGAGAUGUCUGCGACCGUCUUAUCAGCUUUCUACGACAUGGACAUGCUUUACAAGCAGGAUAAAAGCAUGAACAUGAACGCCCUCCACAUAAACAGCAUGCUGGACAAGAAGGCGGUGGGGGCUCCGGUGACGACUCCCAGCUCCGGCAGCUCCUUCACGCCAGGAUUUUUCCGCAGAAACUCGACCAGCAACAUGGAGGCGAUGAACAACGGCAACAAGUACUCGAUGUGCUCCUACGGGAACCUGAAGGAGAACACGCCGAACAGCAGCAGCAGUAGCAGCAGCUGCAGCGCCACGGCCCUCAUGAACAAGGAGAACAAGUUCCGUGACCGCGCGUACAGCAGCGAGAGCGGAGAGCGCGGCGUGCUGCAGCAGAAGCCCAGCUCUCAGAUCAACUCCACCCGCUACAAGACAGAGCUCUGCCGGCCCUUCGAGGAGAACGGCUCAUGCAAGUACGGGGAGAAAUGUCAGUUCGCUCACGGCUAUCACGAGUUAAGAAGCCUGUCCCGCCACCCUAAGUACAAAACUGAGCCGUGUCGCACCUUCCACACCAUCGGUUUCUGCCCCUACGGUCCCCGGUGUCACUUUAUUCACAACGCUGAAGAGCGCCGGCCAGCUCCGGCCGCCAACGCUAACAUGGUGCAGCAUCCAGCGGAGCCCAGGUCGGCCCGCGAGCUGUGCGGCUACGGUCAGAGGGAGCUGCUGCCACCGCAACAACAGCAGCAGCAGCAGCAGCUCAGUUACACCCAGAGGGACAGACCAAAGCUCCACCACAGUCUCAGCUUCUCCGGCUUCUCCACCCACCACGGACUCGAGUCUCCCCUGCUCGACAGCCCCACGUCCCGGACCCCACCGCCUCCCACCACCGCUUCCUCCUCCUCCAGCUUCUACGAGGACGUACUCUCUCCAAACUCUGUGUCCUGCAUCAACAGUGCCUUCAAUUUCCCCGGGCAGGACUUAAAAGCCUUGCUGGCCCCGUUGGCUGUUCACGGCCCCAGCGGCUACGCCAACAACCACUCGGUCGGUGCCUACUACGGGCUGCAGAGCAGCAUGUGCCCUCCCUCCCCUCCCACCUACAACAUGAGCCACUUGCAGGCGCUGCGCCGCCUCAGCGAGUCGCCGGUGUUCGAGCCUCCUCCCAGCCCGCCAGACUCGCUCUCUGACCGGGAGAGCUAUGCGAGCGGGUCCCUCAGCUCUUCCGGGAGCCUCAGCGGCUCUGAGUCUCCUACUCUGGACGGUGGAAGACGUUUGCCAAUCUUCAGCAGGCUGUCGAUUUCUGAUGACUAAUUUGAUUGAUUCAUACUUUUUUUGUUUUCACUCGGAUUUAUGGACGGAGGUCUGGGGGGGAGGUAGACUGUCCUUCAAACCCCCCUCACCCCUUUUUCAGCAGCUUCCACCCUGCUGAAGUGCCUUUGAGCAAGACUGUUGAGUCCCUACAAGCUCCAGUGGUGCUGACCCUGCUCUGACCUCCCUGGUGGGGGGCAAGAGGAGAGAAUCUCACCCCCAGGGAUCAAUAAAGCUUCACACAGUUUAAAGUGUCCUUGACCUGGCAUUAGUUUAGUAUUUUUUUGUUUGUUUUUUUCUUUAUGUAAUAUAGCUGUAUUAAAACUUAGAUAGCAAACAGAAGGCAUUCCAUCAGUGCCUUGCCCAAGGGCUCACAGUAGCCCCCUCUCCCUUUUGCUCUAUCAGGCAAGCCACACUUUUCCUGGGAUUAGAUGUGUGUGUAACAUGACUUGACAAGAAGAAGAGACUAAGCGGUUUCAGAUUUCCUCCCAUCCUGCCAAGAAUAUGCCUUUGACUCAAAGUAACAGUUUUUCCUUUUUAUUAAAGUGUGUUUUUCUUCUUUCCUCUUUUUGAAAGCUUCAACUUCCAUUCCAGACCUGUUUUCUCCCAGCGCCACCCAGUGGUUCGUUUGGUUAGUCUAGUUUGUUGCUUGGUUUAAAAGCACUCUUGAGUUGGGUUUGUUUGGGGAAAUCACUGCUGAUGGUUGAACAUAUAUUUUUUUAGCUGUUUUUGAGUGAUUUGCAUAGCGGUGCAUAACUGGCUAUGGACUAUUUAACUUAUUUAUUAUCUUGUGAAAAAAGUAUAGGCUACAUUGGUAAUUUGUGUCCAUACUGUAUUUAUCAAGUAUGAUGAAGCAAUAGAUCUAUAUUCUUUUAUGUUUAAAUUAUGAUCGCCAUUAUUAAUCUGCAUAAAGUGGAGUGUAUGUUCUUUUCACAGUAAUAUAUAUAUUUUGUUUUUUUUCUCCUUUUUUGUAACUUCACUUGGUAUUUUUAUUGUAAAUGAGUAAAAAAAAAAUCUUAAUUUAAGAGAACGUAUGUGAUAUUUAUUUCAUUAAUUUUGUUUCCUUGUUUACGUUUAUUAAAGUUUGCGUGAUUGCUGUUUGCUCCUGAGGUUGUGUGUCAGUGCUGUAGAAGGCUUUUUUUUGUCCCUAUUUAGAUGCAUCUGUAGAAUGUAUAAACAAUGGUUGUACAGACCGUCCAACCCUUUUUUUUAUCUAGAUCAGACUUCAGUGACAAAGAACCCAAGUCAAUAAAUUAACCAAAAAGUAUUUUCUUUUUUGUUUUUCUCUCUGUUUGCACGAGGUCACACUGUGAUUCCAGCCACGUGCUAAAGAAUGUAGCAAUCCCUUGUGCCCCAGUAUUAUUGUGUAGUGCCUAAGGGGUUCACCAUCUUGACAUGCCUUAAAAUUAACCAAAUAAAGUAUUUUUCCUACAUGGCAUCUUUUUAUACACAGGUUGUACUGAAUGUAGUGUUGGAUUCUGAAAACAUUUUUUUAAGGUUGUUACCACUCUGAUAAACAACCAUAAGUUCUGUCUAAGUCCCCGUCCCUCUUGUUUGAGUUCCCUUUUUUUUUCUUUUCUUUUUUUAUGAUAUUGGAAUCUAGUCUGAGUCUUGAGUUUGCUGGAGAGGGAAGUGGAUGAACACGUUUGGUUUGUACAUAGUAGGUACAGGGGGAUGCACACUAUGUACUUUUGACUACUUUAUCAGAAGUAAAGCUUUUUGAAUGUAACAAAAAAAAAAACGGACAAAAAGGCAACGAGAGUUGUAAUAUUUUUUUGGGGGAGUCGGUUCACUACAAAUUGAGUGUGAGACUGUUAACUUUGUACUGUACAUUUUUUGUAGUUCUCCCAAUAAAAAUAAUUUUUUGAAACA